UACUGGCGGAAACUAGGCAAGCAGACGACUUCCUGUUCCGCCAUCGGGAUGCGAUUUAUAAGUACGUUUGAUUCAUUUUUAAACAAAUUUCUCUCGUCUUUCUUCACAACCAAAUAUUCCUUUCAUAUGUUAACACAGCCACUUUACCUGCCCAGACAAGCCUGAGGACGUUCGUACCUUGAUUUACAAGAUGUGGUGGAAAAUUUUCAUUAAUAUCUUCAAUAUUAUUGUUUCCAUUACUCAACUAAGAUGAAGAUGUCAAGGCAAAACUUCACUGUGAGAAUUCCUGCGAGGAAUCAGUUUGAUUUCUCUUUGAUAACAUUCUAUUUAAUCAACUCUUUACUCUAGUUGUGACGUUCUUCCACACACACACCCCUCUGUGUAGGCUCUAGCUAGUCAUGCUUGUAAACAGAAAGACAAGUUUCCGAGAAAACAUGGCACUAUCUGAUUACGGACCAGACGAAAAUGUCAAUGAUACCACAGAUAUCGACUGGGUGAAAAAAGCUUGGGUUCGACGAAUGUUUCGUGUUUGUGCCCUAAUUAGUAUGAUAUCUGUUAGUAUGAACACACCUAAGACAUUUGAAUAUCAACCAAAAUUAAAAUAUGUCACCUUCAUCACAGAUUUACUUAUUACAUUUCUGUUUACAACAGAGAUGAUAGCUGAAAUGCAUAUACGAGGCAUUGUCAAGGGAGAAGUUCCUUAUUUAAAAGACCGGUGGUGCCAGUUUGAUGGUUUUAUGGUUCUUUGUCUUUGGUUAUCAGUUAUGUUACAGAUAUUUGAAAUGCGAGAAAUAAGUUCAGACUACGCUUUCUUGUCUCUAUUAAGAUGUCCUCGACCUCUCAUCCUAGUUCGUGUGUUCAGAGUCUUCCUCAAAUUUCAGUUACCCAAAACAAGAAUUAACUCAAUUUUUAAGCGUUCAGGUCAACAGAUCUAUAAUGUGACUAUGUUUUUCCUGUUCUUUAUGUCUCUUUAUGGGAUACUUGGUGUUCAGUUCUUUGGAGAAAUGAAACACCAUUGUGUCAUCAAUGGAACUGAUCCCAAAAAUGUGUCUUUGGAGUCAUUUGCAAUUCCUGAUACGUUCUGUUCCCCUGAUCGUGGAUCAGGCUACCAAUGUCCUUUAGGAAUGGAGUGUAUAGCUUUGCAGCUCAAUCGCAAGCAAAGUGGUUUUGAUGGCUUUGAUAUGUUUGCUAUGAGUUUCUUCACUGUGUACAAAUCUGCAUCUCAAGAAGGCUGGGUCUUUCUUAUGUAUGAUACUGUUGAUAGUUUACCUUCCUGGCGGUCACCCCUCUAUUUCAUAUCACUCAUUUUCUUUCUUGCUUGGCUGGUAAAGAAUGUUUUUAUAGCUGUGAUAAUUGAAACUUUUGCUGAAAUAAGGGUUCAAUUUCAAACUAUGUGGGGACCUAGAGGCAGUGAUGCUAAUUCGGACUCAUCUCAGGUUAUUCAAAGUGAUGGUGUUACGUGGAAACUUGUUUUUAUUGAUGAAGACAAGGCUCAAGGCCGAGCACCUCCCAUAUUCCAAAAGAUCCUACGUUCCAAUGUCUUCCACAUCUCGUUGCUGUUGUUGGUAAUGCUAAAUGCUUUCACCGCUGCCAGCUUAACAUUUGACCAUAAUAAGACAAAUCCAGACCGUAAACUGGAUGGAUUUUAUUAUGCUGAGGUUGUGUUUACUGCACUCUUUGAUCUGGAAGCAUUAUUCAAAAUCUGGUGUCUUGGUUUCCAAGGAUACCUUAAGCGAUCAGUGCACAAAUUUGAACUUCUGCUUGCUGUUGGUACCACAUUGCACAUCAUUCCCAGACUUUACCGCUCCCAGCUCACAUAUUUUCAGGUUCUUCGAGUUGUUCGUCUCAUAAAAGCAUCUCCAGUUCUUGAAGACUUCUGUUGGAAGAUCUUUGGUCCUGGCAAAAAACUGGGCAGCUUGAUCUUGUUCACCAUGUGCCUGCUCAUCAUAGCUUCCAGCAUCAGUUUACAGUUGUUCUGUAUCAUUACUAACAAUAAAAAGUUUGAUACAUUCCCUCAUGCUUUCAUGUCAAUGUUUCAAAUCCUGACCCAAAAGGGCUGGAUUGAAGUUAUGCAUAUAACAAUGUGGAAAACUGGAAAAGUAGCACCCCUUGUUGCCAUCUAUUUCAUAUUCUACCACCUUUUUGUAACGUUGAUUGUAAUCAGUUUGUUUGUUGCUGUUAUUCUUGAUAAUUUGGAAUUGGAUGAAGACAUUAAAAAGCUGAAGCAGCACAAAGCCCGGGAACAAAUCGCUGACAUACAGCAAAAGCUGCCCCUUCGCCUGCGCAUCUUCACAAAGUUUUCUGACCAUCCACAGAUGGUACGGCUGUAUCGUAUCCCUGGAGAUUUCCUCCUGGCUGACAUCCGAGAGAGUUUCAUGCGUCAGUUUGUAAAUGAAGAACAUACAAGUGGGCUGAAAAACUUGGUUGUCGAUAGACACAACUCUCAUGACAUGAGUUUGUUCAUGAAGUCAUCUCCCAUGAGACUGAUCAAAUCUAUGUCACAUGCAGCACGUUGUGGUUUUCACAUGAAUAAUAAAUUUGUUCUGUUUGUUUUGACCAGAGAUUCAAACCAGCAGCGUAUCAUGUCAGGAGAUUCCACUCAAAUGAUUUGGUCAAAAUCUCUUCUCUCGCAACAACAUCAGAUCCGACUGGAUCGCAGGAGUUUCCGUGCUGGAUCACGUCCCAGUAGUCUGAAGAUGAAAUCUUCCACAAUGAAAGAGAAUGGUGACAUUCAUGGCGUAACAAUGACUUCAUCACGUCGUACUGAAGAUUUUGAUAUCAAAGUAUGGCAACAGAGAAAGCAACAAGCUGAAUUCAAACGGAGUCAACAGGAAGAAGAACUGCGAGAGAAUCAUCCUUACUUUGAUACUCCACUCUUUGCAGUUGGUCGAGAGUCAAGGUUCCGCAGGUUCUGCCAAAUGGUCGUCAAUGCUAGAUACAAGUACAUGCUAAAAGAUCCUGUUACUGGCAAAGAAAUAAUCAGCAGAUCUAAGCGUCUGCACAAACUACUUGGUCUUGUCACCUACCUUGAUUGGAUGAUGAUUAUUGUAACAGUAUUGUCUUGUAUUUCAAUGAUUCUUGAGACUCCAAGUUACCGAGUGGAGAAUGAGCCGAAGCUUCAGUUUGCUGAAUAUAUAUUUGUCAUUUGUAUGAGUAUUGAAAUGCUGCUGAAGAUUUUAGCAUCUGGCUUUUUCUUCACUCCAAAAGCUGUUGUCAGAGAUUUUAGUGGUGUUUUAGACCUUUUUAUAUACACUACAAGUUUAUUAUUUCUAAUUUGGAUGCCAAAAAAUGUUCAAGCCCAGUCCGGUGCUCAAGUUCUCAUGAUUCUCCGGUGCCUACGUCCUCUUCGAAUUUUUAAUUUAGUCCCUCACAUGAGAAAAGUUGUUUAUGAAUUAGUACGGGGCUUUAAAGAAAUUCUCAUGGUGUCUAUACUUCUGAUUCUACUAAUGUUUGUAUUUGCAACAUUUGGUGUCCAUCUGUAUGGAGGUCGUUUGGCACGUUGCAAUGAUCCAAAUAUCACAGAAAGAAAAUAUUGUGAAGGUGUAUUUAUGACCCAAGUCUAUGUUACUAAAAUGAAAAUCCUUGAAGAUAAUGAUAACUCAACAAGACCAGGUUACUUUGUGCCAAGAGUAUGGGCGAAUCCACGAAAUUUCAACUUUGAUAAUAUUGGCAAUGCAAUGCUAGCACUAUUUGAAGUUCUGUCUCUCGAGGGCUGGUUAGAAAUUCGAGACGUCAUUGUAGAACAAGUAGGCUGGGUACAUGCCAUUUACAUUCAUGUGUUUGUCUUCAUUGGUUAUAUGAUAGGACUUACACUCUUUGUUGGAGUAGUCAUUGCUAACUAUAGUGAAAACAAGGGAACUGCACUGCUAACUGUGGAUCAGAGGCGUUGGUUGGAUUUGAAGGGCAGAAUCAAGCUUGCUCACCCACUACAUAUUCCUCCGAGACCAGAUGGCAAUGGUUUCCGUGCUUUAAUGUACGAUAUCACCCAACACAUAUUUUUCAAAAGGGCUGUGGCAAUUUUAGUUUUGGCUAAUUGUAGUUUACUAUCUGUUCCAUGGUUGAAAAAUGACCACAAAACAUUUGUACUUGCAAGCAUCUCGACUGUGUUCACACUUCUCUUUUUAUGUGAGGUUAUUAUGAAGAUGAUUGCUCUAACCCCCAAUGGCUACUGGACAAGUCAUCGGAAUCGGUUUGACAUGUUGGUCACUUUCCUUGGAGUCAUAUGGAUUGUCUUACACUUCACUGUUCGGAAUGUUGGCAGUAAUACAUAUGGUUAUGUCAUCAUUGUUUUACGGUUUUUCACAAUCACAGGGAAACAUGCAACCCUCACCAUGCUAAUGCAGACAGUUGUUAUGUCCGUUUUAAAGAGCUUUUUCAUCAUCACUGGAAUGUUUUUGUUAAUGCUGUUCUAUGCCUAUGCUGGUGUCAUCUUGUUUGGCAAUGUUAAAUAUGGGUACAAUUUGGGAAGACAUGCAAAUUUCAAGACAGCUCCAAAUGCCAUUGCUUUGUUGUUCCGUAUUGUUACUGGUGAAGACUGGAACAAGAUUAUGCAUGAUUGUAUGAUCAGCCCUCCAUUUUGUUCCAUUAAGCAGGAUGGCUGGAAGACCGACUGUGGAAAUUUCACUGCUUCCCUCAUGUACUUUUGCUCUUUCUACAUCAUCAUUACAUACAUUGUGUUAAAUUUAUUGGUUGCUAUUAUUAUGGAGAAUUUUUCAUUAUUUUAUUCAAACGAGGAAGAUGCUUUACUCAGUUAUAACGACAUCCGACAGUUUCAGAACACCUGGAAUUUAGUAGAUAUCAACCGAAAGGGUGUCAUACCUGCCAGAAGAGUGAAGUUCUUGUUACGUCUUUUACGAGGUCGACUUGAAGUAGAUUUAGAAAAAGACCGUCUACUGUUUAAACAUAUGUGUUACGAGAUUGAAAAACUUUACAAUGGAGGCGAUGUUACAUUCCACGAUGUACUCAGCAUGUUGUCAUAUCGUUCAAUGGACAUCCGGAAAAGUCUACAGCUUGAAGAAUUACUUAACCGAGAAGAACUGGAAUAUACUAUAGAAGAAGAAGUUGCUAAGUUAACCAUCCGUAAUUGGUUAGAUAAAUGUUUAAAAAGAAUACGAGCAAAAGAACAUUCGAACAUCAUCCCCAAAUUACGUGCUAUGAAUGACCCCCUCUUCCCUGUAGCCGAGCUGGUAUCAAGUGCAGUGGAAAGCAGUGAAGAGAGCAAAGAAGAGAAUGUGCCAGCAGUGACGCGGUGUCGAAAGAAAGGUCAAGUUGAGCUUCGUAAUCCAAUUUUGACAACCCAGGGAUCGAUAACUCAGAGUAAGGGCCCUCCUAGUCGAAAGCUUCUGGUUCCUGCCCUCAGUGAUAGUGCUGUCAUCCAUUCGGAGAAGGAAAGAGGUGGUUCAAAAAAGAGGAGCAUGGCAGCAGGUGUCAAAAGCCUUCCCAACGUAGCAGAGGGUGAAAGUAUAACCAUCAAAACUGCUCAGGAAAGAGUGCCUGACUACAUUUUACGUGGCCGAAGUGUAGACUCCAGUGUUAGUGGUUGGUGGAAAGAACAGUGUAACGUCUCCAGUGAUUCAGACUUAGACUAAAAACACAUGAAUACACACAUACACAUACACACGCACACAUACACACAGAAGAUUAAUUGACAAUAUCUUUGUGCGGUUGGUUGUUUUUUUUCGUUUCGGUUUUUUUUUUUUUUUAUUACCAAAGUAUGGCUUGAACCGACGACCAGGAAUUCACUCUGUCACUUGUGUGUUUCUGAAUUGCAUGAAAGAAAAGACUAUUUAUAUGAUUGGCAGGUGUGACAGGCAGCAGCAGAUUACUGUUGAGUUUUUCUUUUUUUUGUUCGUUUUCUUUUUUUUUUUUUUUUUUUUUUUGCUGCUGUCUCUAUUAGUAACUGGCUGUCCAGUACGACUUAAAGAACAUCUAUAGCACAGCCCAAAGCUGGUUACUAGAGGGACCUGAAAAUUUUCAAUUCAAAAGGAGUGAAUCCUGGUUAAAUUUUUUUAUUCCCUGAUAAAAAAAAGACCAAUAUUUUUAUAACUUUUUUAAGGAAACAUGUGCAAAAGAAACCAAAAAAAAAAUAUUAAAUAGAAAGCAAGCAAGAGAGAGAGUGUG